AACGCAGUUUGGCACUUUGUCAAGUGUGACCGCGUCGUCGUCUUCUUCCUCCAGCCGUUUUAUCCUCUCCGUCUCCGCCGUCUUCGUCCGUAGGUCGGUGAAGAUCCAUGGCGUCCAACUACGUUGACACGACGGGCGAGGAGGGCAGGUUCCACGGCCCGCACCACCACAGCGCCAGCACCACCCCGACGGGCGCCGCGGCGUCGUCGCCGCGCACCAUGCGCCGCAGCUUCUCGUCCGCGUCCUCCGGCGGCCACAGCCACGGCGGGGGCAAGUGCGUGUGUGCUCCCCCGACCCACGCCGGGUCCUUCAAGUGCCGCCUCCACCGCACCAACUCCCAGGGCCACGGCCACCCGCACCCGUCCCCUCCCACCUCCCCCGCCGGCGGCGCCUCGUCCGGCGCCGCGCCGGCGCAGGGCGUCCCGCCCUCCGCCUCCUCUCGCACCGUCGAGGCCCAGUGAGUCCCGGAAUCGUCGCAGACCAAGAACCCAAGAAGCGGAAGCGAGGAGCAAAGGAAGUGAGAGAAGGAGAACAAGAACUUGAUCUCGUAUCAGAAGAAGGGACCCUAUUAGUAUUCCUCUUGCUGUGAUCCGUGUUAUCGGAAGAUUUUUGCUUUUGCCUUUCUCUUGUCAUUUGUGUGUGGGAUCCCUCGAUUUCUGCUGCUUGAUUCCCCGCCUGCUUCCUUCAGAUGAUGAAUCUCCCCUGCUCCAGUCCUGCUUCUUCUUGCUUCCGUCCGUACUAUCCCCAUCUCUCAACUGGAUCGCCAGCUGAGACGGUGAAAACUGAGACCUAUGUAAUUACCGCCAUUUGCCAUUCUAGUAUUGAAGUACCACCCUUGUUGUGAUGCCUGAGA